AGGUGGAGCAAGCCACCAAACCAUCAUUUGAAAGUGGAAGACGUGGACUGCCUCCACCUCCACGAAGCAGAGGCCCUCCCAGAGGUCUUCGAGGAGGAAGAGGAGCAAGUGGAGGGACCAGAGGACCCCCCUCACGGGGAGGACACAUGGAUGAUGGUGGCUAUUCCAUGAAUUUUACCAUGAGUUCUUCCAGAGGACCUCUUCCAGUAAAAAGAGGACCACCACCACGAAGUGGAGGUCCUCCUCCUAAAAGAUCAGCACCUUCAGGACCAGUCCGUAGCAGCAGUGGAAUGGGAGGAAGAGCCCCUGUGUCACGUGGAAGAGAUGGUUACGGAGGCCUGCCACGAAGGGAGCCCCUGCCUUCUAGAAGAGAUGUUUAUUUGUCCCCGAGAGAUGAUGGAUAUUCCACUAAAGACAGCUAUUCAAGCAGAGAAUAUCCAAGUUCUCGAGAUACACGAGAUUAUGCACCGCCACCAAGAGAUUAUGCUUACCGUGAUUACGGUCAUUCCAGCUCACGAGAUGAGUAUCCGUCAAGAGGCUAUAGUGACAGAGAUGGCUAUGGUCGGGAUCGUGACUAUUCAGAUCAUCCCAGUGGAGGUUCCUACAGAGAUUCCUAUGAGAGUUAUGGUAACUCACGUAGUGCUCCACCUACACGAGGGCCCCCGCCAUCUUAUGGUGGAAGCAGUCGCUAUGAUGAUUACAGCAGCUCACGUGACGGAUAUGGUGGAAGUCGAGACAGUUACUCAAGCAGCCGAAGUGAUCUCUACUCAAGUGGUCGUGAUCGCGUGGGCAGACAAGAAAGAGGGCUUCCCCCUUCUAUGGAAAGGGGGUACCCUCCUCCACGUGAUUCCUACAGCAGUUCAAGCCGCGGAGCACCAAGAGGUGGUGGCCGUGGAGGAAGCCGAUCUGAUAGA